AUAAUAUUCUUUUGGAACUUCAUAAUGCUCUAAUUAAUUCACAUCACCUGGAUGAGUUUGAGCCAUCAUGUCAGAUGUUGAACCCCUCACAUUCAUCCCAUCCAGGGAAGGACGAACCCAACAAGGAGCAGACCUUCAGGCUGCCUGCUGUGGUUUGUCCAGCAGUCCCCCGCCAUGUGUAAACAGUGCUUUCUGUCAUAUCCAGGAGAUGAAGAGGCUAGUGCGAAACUGGUGUCAACAGCACCACUUUGGAAAAUAUCAGUCAGAGACUGAUCAAGACAAGCAUCACAGCAAAACUUUCAGGUGAUUUAUAUAAAUGUUUCAAUCCAAAGACUCUGACUCUGACUCUGGAAUGUCUACAGAUUUGUAUGUUGAAGGCAUUGCAAUUACCGGUAGUGCAAGAGACAGUUGUCAAAGAUCCCCACUGCAGAAGAAGGUGGAUGGUGUUCUUAGGGAGGUUAUGCAUCUGAUUGAACAUUUGGAGGCUGAUCGAAAGUAUGCAGAGGAGGCUCUCCAGAAAGAGAGAGAGCAAAGAAAAACUUUAGAAAGCAAAGUUGACAGCAUUUCACUGUGGAGGCAAACGGAGCUCCCUGCUCUUGUUCAGAAAGAGCACGAGGCUUGCAGAAGAGACAUCACAGAGCUUAAGUGGCAGCUUAAACGGGAAAAAAAGAAAAGCGACCAGGUCCAGAAGAAAGUGUCACAUGCUGAGUCUUUGAACUGUCACCUACAGGAAGACAUCAGCUUCGCCAGAAAACAACUUCCUAUUGUGAGAGAAAACCUGGACAUCCAGAAAGGCCUCAUAAACCAGAUUCAGACAGCCCAAACUGAGGCUGAUAAAGUCUGUUCCGAAACAAAAAGUCAACUUCUUCUGGCUCAGAAGGAGUUAAAAGAGAUGGAGCAUGAUGCCAAAAAGAUUUCAUUAGACCCUGGACUGAUAAAGAUAAAAAAUCAUCUGGCAAAGAAAUUGAAAGAAUUAAAGCAGCUGAAGAUUGUUGAGAGUGAGCUGCUUGCUGAGAUAAACAAUGCUGAAGAGACCAUUGCUUUGACUGAAAAUAAGUGCACAGACAUAACUCAGAGAAUUUCUGAAAUUUGGAGGCUUGAGAAGAUCGAACAAGACAAGAUUUCCCAUUUAAAUCUUCAAAUUGAAGAUGAAAUGCAAAAAAAUGGAGAAAUCACGGAAAAACUGAUUUCAAUUGAAAAAAAAAAAGCUGCUUGGGAAGAAGAUGUUUCCAGCACAGAGGCACAGCUCAAAGCAAAAUGCGAAGCUCUUGCAGCGGUCCGUGAAUACAAUCUGGAGUGUAAGAAGAAGGUAGAAGACUGCAAGAGGAAAAUUUCUGAGAGCAAGAAAGCAGUGAAGCAGAUGCAUGAGGAGAGGAAGCAGAUGCUCCAGAAAAUCUCUGACAAUGACGAGCAGUGGGAAAAGGCCAGUGAGGAAGUGACCCAAGUUGUUUCCCAGCAUAGUGUCACCCAGGCUAAGCUGGAAGAGCAGGAGCAGCUCACCCUCAUGGAAAAACAGAGGGCCAGGACAGAAAGUGAACAUUUGAUGAAAGAACUGAUGGGUAUGAUGACAGCUCUGAAUGUGAUAAAGGCUCAGAAAGCAUCUGUUGAAGAAGAAUUAAAGAAACAGCAAAGGAGUUCAGCGCUAAUCAAUCAACAGCUUCAUAAAGAGUUUGAAGAAUAUUAUUCAGCAAAAAAAGCUUUGGAGUCAAAACUGAAGAAAAUGAAGGAAGUGACAGAAAAUUUAGAGAAAAUGCAAAGUGAACACAAGGAGACUUUACUCAACCUGAAGAGGGAGGAAAAGCUGAAACACGACCAACUGGAAGCUGCUCAGGAUUUGCACAGUUCCACUCUACAGAGAUAUGACAGCACUCUGUGUAGGAUCACAUACAUAAAGAAAAAUUUGGAUGACUCAGAUCAAUUGGAAAAAAAUAUUCAAGGCAUUCAGGAAACAAUAAAUAAACUUCAAAAAUAUUUGAAUGUGUUGGAGUUCAAACACAAAUCAGCCGCUCUCAUAAUGAGCACAUUGAAGUCUGAUAUUAAUAACUGCCAACAACAAACAGAGCGAUUCAUGCAGACAUGCACGCCUCAUCUUCAAGCAAGCAAAAAGAAAAUGGAAGAUACGAAGGUAAAAAGUCACAAUAACUGUCAAUGCAUUUUUUUUUUGUCAAAUACGCUGAAGUCAAAGAAGAGCAUCGCUCCGGAGUAUAAGUAUUUGUUGAAAUCAGGUCUCUCUUCCAGAGAGGAGUCGGUGUCUGCAUUAACCAAGAAGAACUGUACACAUGAAACGUAUCAUUAUUACAAAAAGCUCUCUUUGUUCCAGAAGAGGAUGCACAAAGCUUUGGUAAAAUACUUAGAACAACGCAACCUCUACAGCCUGGCUGAACUGGACCAGUGCCAGGUUCUUGCCCAAGAAACCACCCAGAAAAUAAAAACAGCCCAGGAUGAGCUGUCAGAGGAGGUCCAGCUCAUCUCAGUAUUCCUAGAAUCCCUGGGAUAUGGUUCUACUACCACAGAUGAUACUGGGAACAACAAACAGGCCUUUCCAGAUGCUUCCGGAUUGAAAGGAUAG